AUGUUUUCUUUUUCAUCUCUAGAUAACAGAGGGAGGUAUAAAAGAGAAGAGAAGGUGGAGGAGCCGUUCAUCACAGCCUACCUUCAUUCACACAAGAAACCCAACGAUUUGAACUGCACGGACAGCAAACGCAUCACACUCAGCAUGACCAGGGGGCACGAUCUCGACCACAGGAAGUACACCUUCUUCCUGUCGCCAGAGUCGUACGACACCACUCUGGAUUACUUCAUCAACGUGAGCACGGCCUGCAGCCCCGGCCUGCAGCCUGAGGGUGUUUGCCUGGAGGUCGGGGUGUUUGCCUCCCUGUGUCAGUACUUCAGUGAGAAGGAGAAGCAGUGGCGGACCGACGGCAUGGUUCCUCUGGCAGAGACCAACGCCAGCAGAGCAGUGUGUCGCACCAGGCACCUCACAGCCUUCGCCGCAGGCCUGUUUGUUCCGGCCAACGCCAUCAGCUUUCAAGUGGCGGAGCGUUCUGGUGCAGUAAGCCUGGUGGUGCUGAUGGUGUGUGUGUUGGGCCUACUGAGCUAUUCUGUGGCAGCAGCCAUCUUGCACAAGUUGGACCAGCUGGAUCUACGGCGGGCUGCUGUGGUUCCUCUCUGCGGCCAUGACGGACUCUUCAAGUACGAGAUCCAGGUCAAGACCGGCUGGAGCCGAGGGGCAGGCACCACGGCUCAUGUUGGAGUAAGUUUGUUUGGCCGUGAGAGUCACAGCGGGCACCGCCAUUUAGACAGCAGAGGAGCGUUCACGCGCAACGCCCUCGACAUCUUUCACAUCGCCAUGGAUACCAACCUAGGCAGCGUUUGGAAAAUACGACUUUGGCAUGACAACAAGGGUCUGUCCCCAGCGUGGCUGCUACAGUACGUCUUGGUCAAAGACUUGCAGACAGGAAGCAGCUACUACUUCCUGGUUGAUGAGUGGCUGUCCGUCGACAAUGAAAAGACUGACGGACGGGUCGAGUUUGAAGUAGAGGCAUCAGAGGAGGCGGUGCUCCGUCAGCUGCCCCGCCGUCUGCGCUGUGAGCUGCAGAGGGCGCUGUGUGAGAGUCACCUGUGGCUGUCACUCUGGGAGAGACCCCCCCGCAGCCCCUUCACCCGCCUGCAGAGAGCCACAUGCUGCGCCGUGUUACUGCAGCUCUUUAUUCUGGCCAACACACUGUGGUACAGCAUUGUGGUGGACAGGAGAUACAGCCCUCGUCGACCCGUGUCCAGGUUUUCCUCGUUGGAUGGAGAGACGGUGGCAGCAGGCGUGGUGACCUGCCUGAUCGUCUACCCUCUCUACCUGCUUGUCUUCACGCUCUUCAGAAUGAGCCGCAGCAAGUGCGUAUCUGUGGAGCAGGUGCCACCACAAAUGGAUCAGGAGUCGGUGGAGAUUGAUGACUUCCUGGAUGACUCCAUCGCUGGAAGCUCUUUCCUGUUUUAUAAUGGCGAGACAAACUCAGAAGAGACCAAUCUGGAUUUGCCCACUCCAUCAACCAAAAGCGGGGAGAGUUGGGGCAUGGCUGAGGAGGAGAUGGAGGACCGGGAUUGGCCAGAGCUGUUGAGUGAUGUGUCUGUGGUGGGAGGGGCGGGGCAUGGGGCGGGGCUGCCCAGGCUGAAGAGGGGUCAGGGAAGCAGGCACCUAGGUGUUGACAUGACCUUUAACCCUGACGACCACGAGGGAACCAACCAGCGCAACAAGCACUUCACCUCCUCAGACGAGGAUCUGAUCAAACACAUCCUGGCAGAUGGACAGAACUUCUUUCCUCAGGCAGAUGAGAGUGAGAUGGCUGACCUGUCGAGCAUUUUCGGAGAUAAGACAGAAGUGAUUCUCCUCCAGAAGCUGAACGAGCCUCUUCCUCUAGAAUCUGUGAGAAGAGACCCACCGAAGACUGCUUUCACCUCAAAUACAGUUGUGACGGACGUGUGUCGACCCAGGCGGUUUCCUCCCUGGUGUGGACAGGCCGCUCUGUGGGGCAGCUGGGGGGGGCUCGCUCUGGCCAACAUCGUUUCAAUUUGGGCGGGUCACGGGUUCAGUCAAAACGUGUCCAUGAUGUGGCUCAUCUCCUGCUUCGCUAGUUUCCUGUGUUCCUGCCUGCUGUUGGAGCCAAUCAAGGUGCUGUGUGAGGCGGUUUACUACGCAGUGUGUGUGCACCGCCUGCGUCCAGAGGACCAGGAUGUUCUGGUGGAGUUCCCCCGGGUGGAAAGAGUGGUGCAGCGGGUCCCCAGGGUGAGACCCCCUCAGGGCUUCGCUCUGUCUCAGGCUCGACACCAGGCCCGCAAGGUCCACAUGCUGCACACCAUGCUGAAGGUGAGUCAGAGGGAGGAGGUGGUGCUUAACCAGGGUACACACACACAUACACACACACCUGACUACCACAACAUCAGCAGUCGAGCUGAUGUUCUGGUUUGGCUGAAUGAGUCGCUGUUGCCACGGCUACUGGAUGAAUCUGCCCUCUUGAGGGACACAGGAAGUGUGUUGCUCGGCACGCUGAGGCUCCGCCAAACUCGUGAGGCGCUGGUUGCAGGGCGUUUCGGGGCAGGAGGCAGUAUUUGGGGAAAGGGGAAAGACGCUGAAAAUCCCACUGCAAACAGUACGUGGCGUUAUGACGGAGGAGACGUGGUCCUCCAGCUGAACAGGACCCUGCAGGAGGCUUCCUCCUCCUUACAGCAACUGCAGCAGCUCCAGUGGCUCGACUACAGGACCCGUGCUGUGUUUGUGGAGUUCUCGCUCUACAACAUCAACACAAACCUCCUGGCCGUCUUCUCCUUCCUGUUUGAGUUUCCAGUUUCUGAGCGUGCCCAGUCCAGCCUUGACCUCCAUGUCAUCACUCUGUGGCCAAUCACAGGCCUGGACCUUCAGCUCCUUCUCAUGAUUGUCCUUCUCGCCCUGGUGCUGUACUUCCUGGUGCGGGGGGGCUUGGGGGUCCUCAGAGAGGGCUAUGUGUACCUGCUGUCCACCUGGAGGCUGCUGGGCCUCUGCAAACUGGCCCUGGCAGCCUGUGUGUGCGGGCUGCACCUGAGUCGCUGCACCAUGGCAACGCAGCAGUGGGCGGCGUACCUGAAGCAGCCGCGGGAUGCCUUCACUGACUUCCUCCCUCUGGCCCGACAGAGCCAGACCUACACUGCCAUGUCGGCCCUGCUGCUGUUCAUACUGGUGCUCAAGGCGUCCCACCAGUUGCGGUUCCUGAGGGAGUGGGCUGUGUUUGGCAGAGCUCUGCGGCGCUCCGUCUGGGAGCUGCUGGGCAUGGCGCUGGCCUUACUGCUGCUGCUGCUGGCCUACUCUCACGCAGGACACCUGCUCCUCCACUCGGUGUAUGGCGGCUACGGCAGUGUGAGCUCCGCCUGCCUGUCGUUGCUAGGCGCUGGCGGCCGCGGUCUGCUGUCAUGGCGACCCAGCUGGGGGACUACAGGCCCCUCCAGCAGCGUCUCUGCGCUGGUGUUCCACUCCAGCUUCGCCGUGCUGCGGCUGGUGUUGCUGUGGUUGGUCACCUCGGUGAUCCUGAGGAACUACCGGCGCGCCCGAGCGGAGCUGUACCGCCCCGCGGUGGAUCUCCAGGACUACGAGAUGGUCGAGCUGUUCCUCAGGCGGCUCAAAAUGUGGAUGGGACUCAGCAGGGCCAAGGAGUUUCGUCACAAGGUACGUUUCGAGGGCAUGGAGCUCCCCCCCUCCCGUGCGUCCUCCACCAGCGACUGUAAGUCCCUCUGCCUCCCCCCGCUGGACGGUCCCGACUCGCCUCCAUCACCCGACAGCAUCGAUGCGGGCUCUGAGGCCUCAUGGCGCCCAGCCUCCUCCAGCCCCUGCAGCCUGACGGAGGCCCCGGGGAUCGGCCUGGGCCUCGGGCUGGGCCUGGGUCUGGGGCUCGGCCCGGGGGUGGAGACGGGGAGCACCAGCUGGCGCGAGAGAGCCGAGACCGAAGCGUCUCUGCGGAGGCUCCACCCCACCCUGGACGCCCUGCUGCAACAGCUUGACCGCGUCACCAUGGCAACAGAGGAUCUGUACCAUAUUGAGUGUAGACUGGAGAAAACCCAGAGGAAGAGAAGGCGUAGAGGGACAGAGAGGGGAGGUCAGGGAGGGAGGAGCGAGGCGGGACAGGGAGGAAAGGACGAGGAUUCCGCUGGAUGGAGGAAGAGCGGCAAGGAGAAACACAAAGGGAGCAAAAAGGGGAAAAAGACGGAUAAAAGUGAACUUCUGAAGGACGAUGGAAACACCGCCGUCAACCCAAAAAACACUCCAGCAGCUACACCCGUUCCCGUUCUGAAGCCCAGACCCUCCUCUGCCGCUGCACACCCCCCCGCUCCCCCAGCAGUCAGUGCUCCUCCACUUACACCGGUCGCAGACAAACCUGCCUCUGACACCCCCCCUUCACCUGUCCCUUCAGAAAUCACUCCCCCUUCUCAUGUCCCGCAGCCCAAACCCCCCUCUGCACCCCCAUGUACCCCUGCUCCUACCCCUUCCUCACCACCCACCCCUGCUCCUACGCCCAGUAGCCGGGACUGGGAGCCCCCCUCCUCCAGCCUGUUCAACCACCCGGCUCACACGACCACCAUUCCAACACGCAAGCGGAAACGUAAACCCCCACCCCUCAAAAACAAGGUGCACCCAAACCUAGACAGGCAGGGCCCCGGACAGCCCAAAACCUGAGGAGCAUUGAUAUGGUUGUGAAAAGAAGAUGUCGAAAAAAUGUGGGUUAAGGACGAGAGGAGGACGGGGGCAGCAGGUUCUGUCCCCGAGGGGCCCCUCUCUAGACCCAGGAAGAGAGAACUGAGUGGAUUAGAAAGCGCAGAAAGAAAAGAAGAAGAAGAAUCCCAGAGACAGCAGAUGGGGCGAUGAAGGAGGAACAGAAAGCAGUAAAAAUACUUUGCAGGUUUAUAAGCAGAAAUCCGUCCAAAUCCCACUCUCAGAAGCUAGGUGCAGGGAACCAGAUGCUAACUGAGCUGGGUUUAGUCAGUGAAGUAAAACAUUGACACCAAGAAAUGCUUUUAUUCCUCAUUUCCCCGGACUAAAAAUGACCCCAUGUGACCCUGGAGGUCACAUGGGGUCAUCAAUGACAAGAGUGCAUGAACGUACUCACCCAAGGAUUACAACUACGCCAUCCCACUUUUUGUGUAUCUCAGAAAAAUCACGUUGAUUUCUCAGCUAUGUCGUCCGUGUUCGUAUUUUUUAUAUUGUAUAUUUCGGUCACCAUGGGUACUUGUGGCCUGUUUGAAAAUAGUUGUGUUUCAUGGACCCUUAGUUUGCAUGCAGGCACACAGAUAUAAGCACAUGCAGGUGUACACGUGCAUGGAAAUAACACUGUAGGCACAGACACGCUAAUGUAACGCGCCAUCCACUCCAGCUCCACUGAGGUACAAGAGAGGAAACAUAUACACACAAACACACGCACACAAGGCUGUUGGGAUCCCAGCAGCCUCUCCUUCCGGGUGCAGGUAUAACCGUCCAGAGUAUGGAGAAAUGGAAAAAAAGUAGUGAAGAGAAGGAGGCGUAGCACAGAGAAAAAGUAUCUGAAGAGCGUUAGACAAAAGUUGAGAAAGCAGAAAGGAACAUUUAGUUCUCCCAUCAUAAAGCUAUACUGACUCCCAGUCUGAUUAUCUUUUGUGUUCGAUAUGGUUGUGAUAAGCACUUUUUUUCUGUUUUAUUUGUUGUAUUGUGGUCCUGAAUAAUAAGCUUGGUGUCCGAACCAACAGAGACAGCUUCACUCAUACUGUAUCUAAACUAUAAACGUUGCCAAAGCUUAUGUAUGCAUUCCGAGUUUUACCAUGCCAAGUAACCUUUCGUUUUGUACUUAGCACUUUAUUUCCUAAUGGAGCUGAUAUGCCAUAUUUAACUCUCAUGUUGUCAUUAACACAUUAUAAUAACAUCCUAGUAAGUAUUAUCAAGGUGUUACAGCCACAGCUAGACUUUGUGUGUGUGUGUGUACUUUUGUCUGCUUGUUAUUCCUGUUUUUGUUAUGUUUUAUUAACAUGUAAUCGUACUUCCUGUGUCCAGUGGGCAGAUCUCAGGGAACCCACCCUUUUGCCCCAUAACCUGGACAGGGAAACCAAAACAUAGGUGCUUUUAAUAAUCUGAGGAAACAUUUGGUGGUGACUUUAUCUUCCUUCUCCCAGCCGUAAAUUGGUAGCUAUGUGUGAACGCCCUUAUUUUCAUGGGUUUUAAAAGAAUUUGAGAAAAGAGUGUAAAUUACGAUUAAACUCCGCCUGUAUUAAUCCCUUGAUAAUUUCCGAAGAAUUCUCACAGUUCAGACUCAAGUAAAAAGACCCUUCUUCCUCCCUGUGUGUACAUUUCUGUAUAUAUUGGUGCUUCGUGGUGUAUAUAUUUUUGCUUUUCAUUAUCAGUAUUGUUUAUGUGCUGCAGUAGCAUAUGGAUUAGGUCAAGCACUGGUGUUGCAAACCCCAAAGUUUUACAUUUCUCCAAUCUAACAGAAACAGCCAAAGCUAUAAAUGUGUGUAAUAUGAAUAUGUGUUCACAGUAAGCCAACUCUAAACACCAGGAAGCGCAGCAGGCCUCCACUGGCUCUCUUAUUCUGCUCUGUGUGUAACAAGCUAGUGCCAAAGCCCGCCUCCAUGUCUUUGUGUGGUACGAUGCUUUUUGUCCUAAAACAAAUCACAAAUCAGUUUGAAAACAUUUGUCUAUUCUUUGUAUCUCAUGUCUGUAUUUUGCAGUUGUAGCACUUCUCCUGCUUUUGCACUUGACAAAGUCAAAUAAAGAGUUUGACAGCUAAA